UUUAAGGUCAACUUUCUAGACUUCUUGAUACUCACGCGAGCCUUAUGCUUCACUCAGUCAGAAAUCUUAAAACUCUUUCACGGCAAGGCCAUCUGUUCCGAACAGCUUUGGCUUACCAGCCAGUCAGGACACUGGCUACUGCUGUUGGAAACGGAAGGGUUGGUGCUCAUACAAAUGAAAAAUCGUUCUUCCCUGACGAGCCCGAGUCCCCAUCUGUCAAAACCGCUAUCCCCGGACCGGCUUCCAAAGAGAUUAUGAGCAGAUUGAACCAAUAUCAGGACACGCGUUCGGUGUUCUAUAUCGCAGAUUUCCACAAAUCCAAGGGAAAUUAUAUCGUUGAUGCAGAUGGAAACGUUCUCUUAGACAUAUUUGCGCAGAUUGCAUCCAUUCCUAUUGGAUACAAUUCGCCUGCUUUCUUGUCAUUGGCCUCCUCUCCCGUCUUUCAAUCCGCACUUGCCAACAGACCUGCCUUAGGUGUUAACCCUACCAAAGACUGGGUAGAUACCGUGGAGUCGGCUUUCAUGAGUGUAGCUCCUAAGGGUAUGCCCAAUGUUUUUACAGCUAUGUGUGGUAGCUGUGCAAACGAAAAUGCUUUCAAAACAGCUUUCAUAUACAAGGCUGCCAAAAACCGCGGCGAGCAGGACUUUAGCUUAGAGGAACUUCAAAGUUGUAUGAAGAACCAAGCACCAGGUUCUCCUGAUAUGUCCAUUCUCAGUUUCACUCAAGCGUUCCAUGGUCGUCUGUUUGGAUCGUUGACUGCUACCGCAAGCAAGGCUAUUCACAAAGUUGACAUCCCGGCUUUCGAUUGGCCAAAAGCAACAUUCCCUCUGCGAAAGUACCCAUUGGAGGAUAACGUUGAAUACAACCAGAAGGUGGAGAAGGAGUCUCUUGCUGAAGUUGAGAAAUUGGUCAAAUCGUGGAAGAGCCCCGUAGCCGCCGUUGUAGUCGAGCCUGUGCAAUCGGAAGGAGGUGAUAACCACGCAUCCCCCGAGUACUUCCGUGGUCUUCAAAAGAUUUGCCAGGACAAUGACGUACUUUUUAUCGUCGAUGAGGUCCAAACCGGUGUGGGUGCCACUGGUACCUUCUGGGCUCAUGAAGCAUGGAACUUGCCAUCUCCUCCAGAUCUUGUCACUUUCUCCAAGAAGUUCCAAGCAGCUGGUUUCUAUAGCCACGCCAAGUUCAGACCUGCUCAGCCUUACAGACUUUACAACACUUGGAUGGGUGACCCGGUCAGAGCCAUGCAGGCCGCAGCAAUUGUACGUGAAGUGCAAGAUAAGAACCUGUUGGAAAAUGUCAACAGAGUUGGUGAAUAUCUUCAAAAGGAAUUGAAAGAUAUCAGCCGCAAGCAUGGAAAACUCGAGAACGUUCGUGGUCAAGGAACCUUCAUCGCUUUCGAUUUACCUACGCCUCAAGAAAGAGAUGCCCUUAUUGGCGAGAUGAGAAAGAAUGGUGUGAAUAUCGGUGGAUGCGGUGACAGAGCCAUUCGCCUCAGACCUAUGCUGACAUUCCAAAUGAAGCACGCUGAUAUUUUCCUUGAUACUCUAGAAAAAGUUAUUGCUGCCUAAGUGCAUAGUUUUAGCAAAAAGAAAAAAACAUAAUUAAAACGUUUAUGUCCUGUUUGAUAUACCUCA